AGAUCAGUGAACAAACAUUCAGGAAAUGACUACAGCUUUUAUCCGGGAACUGAAAGUGAAACUUACUGACAUUCACUGUCGUCUGGAGAAGAAAUGGCGCAGCAAGUGAUUCAACUGGAUCGAGAAAAACUGAGCUGUUCAGUCUGUCUGGAUCUUCUGAAGGAUCCAGUGACGAUUCCCUGUGGGCACAACUACUGCAUGAGCUGUAUCGAAGAGUGCUGGAAUGAGGAGAGGGAGACGCAAGCACACAGCUGCCCUCAGUGCAGGCAGAGCUUCACACCGAGGCCUGUCCUGGUGAAAAACACCAUGUUAGCAGACUUAGUGGAGGAACUGAAGAACGCAGGACUUCAAGCUGCUUCACCUGAUCAUUCCUAUGCUGAACCUGGAGACGUGGCCUGUGAUUACUGCACUGGGAGGAAGCUGAAGGCCUUCAAGUCCUGCCUGGUGUGCAUGGCCUCUUACUGUGAGCAGCACAUCCAGCCUCACUACAAUGUAGCUCCACUAAAGAAACACAAGCUGGUUGAAGCCACUUUUAAACUUCAGGAGGACAUCUGCUCUCGCCAUGAUGAGGUGAUAAAGAUUUUCUGCCGCACUGAUCAGCAGUGUAUCUGCUACCUCUGCUCCAUGGAUGAUCAUAGAGGCCAUGACACAGUCUCUGCUGCAGCAGAAAGGGCUGAGAGGCAGACGCAGCUCAAGGUGAGUCAGCAAAAAAUCCAACAGAGAAUCCAGGACAGAGAGAAAGACGUCAAGGUGCUUCAGCAGAGGGCGGAGGCUGUCAGUUUUUCUGCUGAUGAAGCUGUGAGGGACAGCGAGAAGACCUUCACGGAGCUGAUGCGUCUCGUUGAGAAAAGAAGCUCCGAGGUGAAGCAGCUGAUCAGAUCCCAGCAGAAAACCGAAGUGAAACGAGCUAAAGAGCUCGAGGACAAGCUGCAGCAGGAGAUCACUGAGCUGAAGAGGAAAGACGCUGAGCUGGAGAAACUCUUACGCACAGAGGAUCACCUCCAUUUCCUAAACAACUACCCCUCACUGUCUGACCUGAGUGAACCUAAAGACCAACCCAGCAUUGAUAUCCAUCCUCUGAGCUCUUUUAAAGAUGUGACAGCUGCUGUGUCAGAGGCCAGAGAUAAACUGGAGGCUGUUCUGAGUGAGGAGUGGACAAAGAUCUCACUGGCAGUGGCUGAAGUGAAUAUUUUUCUUCCUCAAGCAGAGCCCACAACCAGAGCUGAAUUUCUGAAACAUUCUCAUCAGAUCACACUGGAUCCAAAUACAGCAAACGCACGUUUGUCGUUAAGUGAUGGGAACAGAAAAGCAACAUUAAUGUCAGUCUACCGUUCUUAUGUUCGUCACCCAGACAGAUUUGGUGAAAGGUGGCAGGUUCUGAGUCGAGAGGGUCUGAGUGGACGUUGUUACUGGGAGGUGAAGUGGAGCGGGACGGUUCAUAUAGCAGUUGCAUACAAGAGUAUCAGCAGAACAGGGACCAGAGACGAAUGUGGAUUUGGAUAUAAUGAAAAAUCUUGGACAUUAGAAUGUAACAGUAGUGGUUAUAAAUUCAAACACAAGAAUACUGUUACUUCCAUCUCAGGCCCUCAGUCCUCCACAAUAGGAGUCUAUUUGGAUCAUAAAGCAGGUACUUUGUCUUUCUACAGCAUCUCUGAAAGCAUGACUCUCCUCCACAGAGUCCAGACCACGUUCACUCAGCCUCUCUAUGCUGGAUUUUGGCUUCCAGGUCCACAACACGGAAGCAGUGCUGAAUUGUGUGAAUUCAAGUAGAGAGGAGUUUGAAGAGUGAUUUAUCCGUGGUGCUGCACAGUGUAUGUUGGGGUGUGUUUACCCUGCAGAGAUAAAUCAGAUGGUGAGAAUGUAAUAAGAAAUAAUUCAUCUUUAUAUUUGCUCUUUAAGGAUUAAACUAUCUUUACUUUUGCAGAAUGUCUAUCCAUUUUCUAUACCACUUAUCUGUGAGGGUAUCACAGGGGGCUGGAGGCUUUCUUAGCUGACUAUGGGCAAAAGGCAGAUUGAGCCAGUCCAGUCAGUCGCAAGGCUGACACACAAAGACAGACAACCACACACUCACACCUAGAAGCAAUGUAGAGCAAGCAAUUAACCUAUUGAACAUGUUUUGGGGACUGUGGGAGGAAGCCUGAGUCCCUGGAGAAAACCCGUGCAGGCAUAAGUAGAACAUGGAAACUCCACACAAAAGGGCCCAGACUCAAAUCCUCCUGCUGUGGGAUAACAGUGCUAACCACUGCACCACCACGCCGUCCCUUUUGCAAAACGCGAAAGUAAAAAUCUGUUUUUGUGCUUGUUAAAACUGAAUUCAGCUAAGUGAGCCAAAACAAGGAAUAAUCGUGUGAGAAACACGUGUAUGUAUCACUUAAAAUUAACUUAACUUAAAAUGUGUUCAAUUUAAUCAUCUUCAUCUUCAUCUUCAAUUUAACCUUCCGGAAAAUACUUAUCAUCUUUACCAAACUGAAUUCAAGUAUUGUAACAUUUCAUACAUUUCAUGAUAAGUCAAUGUUCAAAACCCUACAAAUAAAUAAAUACAUUAACUGAUGACUCUAUAUGGUCUAUAUUCUUCAUUUCACUGUCAGAGGACAACAAAAAUGGGUCAAUUUUUUGAAUCAGUCACUUUUUGAAGAGAUUUUAGUAAUAGACAAACGCAAAGGGAGAUUAAUGAAGACAAUCCCAUAACCGCAACUUACUGAAAAUAGCUCACCAAAUUAAAAAUAAAUUAUUUUAAGUUUAAGAAAUGUUGGCUUUUUGCAACAAGAAAACAUUUCAAGACAACAUUUCAGC